AUGGCAGAAGAAGAAUCUGCUGCCUCGCGGAAGUUUGUGAGGAAGGUGAUCCCCUCCGACAACUCCUGUUUGUUCAACUCCAUCGCCUACUGCAUGGCGCCAGUUGACAACAUCCACCAAACCAGUAGCGCCCUUGAGCUCCGUGAGCUCAUCUCGGCAGUGAUCUUGUCAGAUCCAGAAGAGUACUGCGAGGCUGUCUUGUCAAAGAGCAACCAAGAGUACAGUCACUGGAUACAGCAGUCUUCGAGCUGGGGAGGGGCCAUAGAGUGCAGCAUUCUUGCUGGUCACUUUCAAGUUGAGAUCUGCGCUAUCGACUGCCAGACUCUUCGCCUCUACAGAUUCGGGGAAGGCAGGGGUCUCUCGCGGAGGAUGUACCUCAUGUAUGAUGGGAUACACUACGAUGCGAUCUCAGAGCUCGAGGGUCGCAAGGAAGUGACUCUGUUCCGGGCUGAGGAGCUCGCCAUCGCCCUUGUCAAAACAUUUCGUGACAAGCGACAGUUCACAGACACCUCCAACUUCUCGCUUAGAUGCCUUGUGUGCGGCCAAGGGAUUCAGGGCAGUGACGGAGCACAGAAACAUGCGGCUGAGACAGGGCAUGGAAACUUCGCUGAGAACUGA